CUGCUCCGCUGCAAGAAAGUCAGCGCUGCACGCAUGAUAUUAUCACUACAGCACAUGAUCGACUCUGAAGCGACCGGGGACAGAGACUCUGCUAAGUAAUUAAUUGCUCGUCUGUUUUUUGUCUGCGGAGAUCUGGGGGUUUGGACGGUUGAGACCAGAGCAUGUUUGUGACGGUGUCCCUGCUCCUGGUCAUUCUGUGUGUCCAGGGAGGACAUGGAGAGGGGAGGGAAGAGGCGCAGAGACCCGGCCACGUCUCGGUGGUGAUCGUGGGAGCCACCGGUGACCUGGCAAAGAAGUACCUGUGGAAGGGCUUCUUCCAGCUCUAUGUUAACCAGGUCAGUCGUGGAAACACCUUCUCCUUCUAUGGCGGAGGACAGUCGCCCGCUGACAAGGCCACGCCGCUCUUCUUUGAGAUCCUGAAGGCGGUGUCGUGCCCAAAGGAUGUGUCUCAGGAGCGCUGCGCUCUGCUGAAGGAGCAGUUCCUUCGACUCUCGCAGUAUCGGCAGCUGAAAACCCUCGAGCACUACCAGGAUCUGGCCAAGCGUAUCGAGAAGCAUCAUCAGGACGAGGGGAUGACGGAGGCCGGGAGGCUCUUCUACCUCUCAGUGCCUGCUUUUGCAUACGCAGACAUCGCUGAUAAGAUCAAUAACAGCUGCAGGCCGACCGGCGGGGCGUGGUUGAGGGUGGUGCUGGAGAAACCUUUUGGGCACGACUUUGCGAGCGCUCAGGUCCUCGCGUCUCAGCUCGAGAGCUCGCUGAGGGAACAAGAAAUGUACAGAAUCGACCAUUACCUGGGGAAGCAGGUGAUUGCAAAGAUACUUCCAUUCAGGAUAGAAAACAAGAAGUUUCUGGAUCCCAUCUGGAACAGGCACCACAUCGAGAGAGUGGAGAUUGUGUUAAAGGAGACCCUGGAUGUUAAAGGUCGCAUUCCCUUUUACGACCAGUACGGGGUGAUCAGGGACGUGAUCCAGAACCACUUGACUGAGGUCAUGAUGCUGCUGACCAUGAGGCUUCCCCUCAAUCUGAGCAGCAGUGAGGAAGUCGCUCGGAACAAACUGCGGAUCCUCAGUUCCGUGCUGCCCUUAGUGAAGACUCAGGCUGUGAUUGGCCAGUACCGAGCGUACAAAUCCGAGGUUCAGCAGGAACUGAACAAGACAAAAGGUCACAUCAGUCUCACACCAACAUUUGCAGCUGUCUUGGCGCACAUCGACGAGGCCCAGUAUGAAGGCGUGCCAGUUCUCUUCAUCUCAGGGAAGAUGUUGGAUGAGAGGGUGGGAUAUGCGCGCAUACUUUUCAGGAAUGACGUCUUCUGCCUUCAGAGCCACGACAGCGUCCACUGCAAACCCAAACAGAUUGUUUUCCACUUCGGGCACGGCAGCCUUCGAUAUCCAGCCAUUCUUGUGAGUAAGAAUCUGUUCAAGCCAGUUUCAACGGACGGUGAGUGGAAGGAAGUGACAGAGCAUUCCGAUGUCAAUGUUUUAGGUUUGCCCGUUUCAGACUAUUAUGUGCAAACACCAACAGAGCAGAGGGAGGCUUACGAAGAACUGAUUCCUCACAUCUUUGCUGGGCAUAAGAAUAGCUUCAUUAGUACUGAAAACCUGCUGGCUUCCUGGGCCUUAUGGACACCACUGCUCAAUAGCCUCGACAGCUCUUUUCCCCUCAUCUACCCCGGGGGUGCAGACAAUGGGGACCUGUUGGACGUCCGUCUGACAGGGAAGGACAUUAGCUACAGCAGUGAGGUGGUGAUCAUCAGCCCUGAUCAGAUGGGCGGGGCGUCAGCAAACGGUUUCCAAGUAAUACAAGGCAAAUUUCGCAAUGCUGAAAUGGUGUCUGCCUGGGCCGAGGAGCUGCUGGAGCAGCUCGCUGCAGAUGUGCAGGAAGCAGCGGAGGCGGCCCUGCGUGAGAGUGGUGUUUUCCAUCUCGCCCUCUCCGGUGGGUCCACGCCCCUGGCUCUGUUCCACAGGUUGGCCCUGCACCACUUCUCCUUCCCCUGGAGGGACACCCACGUGUGGAUGGUGGACGAGCGCUGCGUGCCGCUGACCGAACCCGAGUCGAACUUCAACGCGCUGCACAACCACCUAUUGCAACACGUGAGAAUACCGUACUUCAACAUCCACCCCAUGCCCGUGCAGCUCAACCAUCGUCUUUGUGUGGAGGAGGACAGAGGAGCACAGCUGUAUGAGAAAGAGCUCGGCAAGUUGGUCAAUGGCUCCAGCUUCCACUUCGUGCUGCUGGGAGCCGGUUAUGACGGCCACACGGCCUCUCUGUUCCCCGGUGCCGAGGUGGGUGAACUUGGGGAGAGUCUGGUGGCGCUCACUGAGAGCCCCGCCAAACCGCACCAGCGCAUGAGCCUCACAUUCAGCGCCAUCAACCGAGCCCACAGAGUCGCUCUGUUAGUGAUGGGCAAAGGCAAACACGAGCUGAUCACCCAGCUCAGCCGAGUCCAGGACAACCAAGGCAAAUGGCCUGUCACUGGGGUGAAGCCUGCGCCUGGCAGACUUGUGUGGUACAUAGACUAUGAUGCACUUUUAGGAUAGGGAUUAUAAUCCCAAUUCCCAAUCACACCGCUGCUUUAAUUCAACUGCUGGUUUGACGAGGACCAGUUGUUUUACAUGUUUUAGCUUAUUAAUGACUAAUCACAUAUACUGAUUGUUACUGCUGCAUUUCUUUAAAGCUGGCCAGGGUUUUUAAUUUCCAACCAUCCAGCCAAUUAUAGUCCACAGACCUGAACUUUAAUCAAAAUUAAAACAAAUCCACUGUCAUUGGCAGCAGAAAACAGUUAAAAAAACAGCCCCCUGGUGUUGGAUUCAUUUUCUUUAUGUUUAACUUUGAAUUGAGUUGGGCAAUAAAAGUUAACACCCAGUCGUCAUCCUCCUUGUAAGACAUAUUUAAAGCCAUACAAAACUAACAACAGCUGUUUUCAGAUAUGAAACCCCGGAAAAUAGAGUCCAGACACCGGACCACAGCACCCAUUCAUAAUAUAUAUGAAUAAUCUGUUGGAUGCCAAAUCUUAAAAAAACAAACAUGUUAACCGAGGUCCCAGUUUCAUGCGAUACCCAAUUAACCACAUUGGCUUUUUGAAACUUCAGGAAUCAACUUUGUGAGUUUCCCACUGAACUAUUAUUUUUCUUUUUUUGUGUGUGUAACAAAGGCCAUCAUAUCUUUACGACCUUGGUUUUGCGUGCAGCAGCUGCUGUUGGAGGUUGGACCAGCCUUUAGGGCUUACUCGUAAGUGACCAAAGACCAAAGGCUGAGACCAAAAGAAGGAGAAAUUCCUCCACAGGCAGGAAUGUGAAGUAUUUGUGAUUAAUAGUUAAUGGGUUAAAAACAACAGGUAUGGUCCUUUUUUAUUGAAAGUUAAAACAUCAGUUGAAUAUCUUUCCGUGUGUGUGACCGUGUGAAGGGACUAUGCAGACUGUUAUUGGUUCAUGGUGAGAUGAGUGAAAAUCUAGUUUACAGAGUGAAGGGUGCUUAUUAAAACCCAGGGUGUUUUUUUGUUUGAAUUAUAUCACAUCUCAGGAGAAUUUGUAAAUUUUUAGAUAAGCAGUUUACAGGAUGAUCGACACUUCUUUAUAAUAUGUUUCACAUAUUUAAGCUUUGAGUCAGUUCAACGGUGUGUGGGAUUAUGUGGUUUUCUUUUCAAGGUUCAUUUAUAUACUUGAGUCUGAAAGAGUUAUUAUUGUGCCUGUGUUUGAUCCAUAGAUAAAACACUGAAGUGUGAUGACAAGUAUAUAUUUACACAAUGUUUUUACUAUACACUGUAAGCGGAGCAAUGCCGAGCAUCACACUGGCACCAGGUGACCCACAGGAUGAUGAGUUUAUUUCCCAACAUAUGAUUGUAUUUGCUGUGUUUUGAUUCUCUUUCCAUAACAUUAUAAUUUUCCAUUCCUUUUGGUUACACAUUGAUUUGAGGUGAAUACAUAAAAACUAAAAUUGGGUCAAACAACUCUGCACAGGGUUGUGAUUUUUUUCCAGUUAAUUUCAUACAGUAGGGCGGUUUCCCAGUUUCAAAUAUUAUAUUUUGAAUAAAUAUUACAACCUGUCAAUUUUAUAGCUUCAUCAAUGUAAAGAAUUUCCUUUUAUUUUUCCUGCUAUAAUUGUUAUAUGUAGCUGUAUUUUUCAAAUUGGAUAAAUGUCCUGUAUACAUACAGUAUUUCACAUCUGUGUUUUUAAAUGUAUAAUCAUACAUUUAUAACUAAACACUGAAUCUGCUCUGUAGAUUACAUAUAUAUUAUUACCCAUCAACAAAUAAAAGCGAAGUUAUCGAUAGUCAAGACAAACACCUG